UAGACUGGCUACAUGAAGAGAAGAGUGUCUGUGCUCUUUCACUUAAAUUCUACAGUUUCUCUGGUGAGGAAACAGUUACUCAGUUUCACUGGUGUUCACCUCUGACAAGAUGAAGCUUUUUUCGUUCAUUCUAAUGCUCAUUGCAGUUGUUUCCACUGAGGCUACAUUUAUUCAUAAGGAUAUUGAAAUUCGUGGAUGUUCUGAUACAGAGAAAGAGGACAUGAUGGGAACAGAUGGAGAGGAAACAAUCCAUGCAGAUUUCAAUAGAAAAGAAGCAGUUGAAACCCUGCCUAACUUUGCAGUUUAUUUCACCUAUUAUGAUUUUUAUGACCAUAGUGUUGUGGAGAUGGAAACUUGUAAAUUUAAUUUAGCAAUAUUUGCUAAAGGUUACAAAAACCCAGUGGAGCAAAUAGAUCCUCCGCAAACCUCAAUGUAUUCUAAAGACGAUGUGCUGCUAGACGUUAAGAACACACUCAUUUGUCAUGUGACUGGAUUCUUCCCUCCUCCCAUCACUGUUUCAUGGACAAAGAACAAUAUAAAUGUGACAGACAACAUAAAGUUUAGCCAGUACCGCCCAAACAAUGAUGGCACCUACAACUUCUUUGCCUAUAUGACGUUCAUUCCUGAGGAGGGAGACAUAUACACCUGCACUGUGAACCACAAAUCUCUUCAGGAACCUCAAACCAAAAUAUGGGAUGUAGAAGUUUCCGUGCCCAGUGUUGGUCCAGCAGUGUUCUGUGGAGUUGGUCUGACUCUGGGGCUGCUGGGAGUAGCUACUGGAACCUUCUUCCUCGUUAAAGGAAACGGCUGCAACUGACAGCAACAAACAAUAAGCAACGUGCUUAUUUCUUUGAUAAAUUUGUCUGACAGAACACAUCAGUUUCUCUUUAAUGAAGUUUAAAAAGUUAAUAUGCAUAAUUUUAGGCAACACAACAUUUCAUAGGAUUCUGUAGGAGGUUACAGACAUAAAGCAACAAUGAAACAACAUGUAACAAUUGUCAUUACAGUAUCUUUAAAGCAGGGCUAGACACUUAGCUCAUGUGCUUGACCUUUGACAUGUAAUUUGAUAAAUCACUUGUCAGAGUAAACUAAAGUAAACUAAAAGUAUUAUGAAGCAAUAUUCUUAUCAGUGUUCUAUCAGCUCAUUACUUGCAGCUAGGGUAGGCAGUAUUUUCCUAGGCAGUAUUAUAAACAUUUUUUGUUAUACUGAUUGAAACUCUUUUUAUAUCCAGACAGCAAUCAAGAGUUUGAAUAUUGGUCUAAAUUAGGGCUGGGUAUUGACACAUUUUUCACGAUUCGAUUCGAUUUCUAUUCACAUGCUUGCGAUUCAAUUCGAUAUUGAUUAUUUUGGAUGUAUAUCAGAUACAAUACAUGGCAAAUUUUCUAUGGAAAAAAAAAACAACUAAUGCUGUAAUCUACACAUGGGAGUCAGCUGGUACUACAUUACUAUAAUAUUGAAGCUUAAACUUAUUUAUAUACAAACACUUAAAUUACACUCAAUGUUUUUUAUAAUGAAUAGAGUUUAGAAUUACAUAAUCAUAUUUCUACUCCAAUUCGGGGUUUUUUUUUAAAUGUAAACAUUUAAAUUGUGGCUGUCAUAACUGAUUUAUUCAAACAUGCAUUAAAUAUUGAAGAACAUUAAAAAUUAUAAUGAAUAUGUAAUGGUGCAUAGCUAUAUUUAUCAGAAUGCUGCUCUCUAGAGUUCAUUUUUCUAGCUGACUAAUGAGUUUAUGGUCACAUUGUUUACAAGCUGUUUUAUUGACGUCUUUCCGAGGUUGAAACACUGAUUGAGCGAUUACAUGAGACAUGAUUCGGUAAGAUGUACUGUAUCUUUUAACAUACCUUCAGAUGUUUAGUCAUGUUUAUUUCGCACUGUAACUGGUAUUAAAGCGGAGGAGAGGAUGUUCACAUGUGCUCUGUGCAUUAAACACAUUAAACAGCGUCAAAACGGUAUUUAUUUUUUGAAUCUCAUAAUAAGACGGACGUCAUUUGAUAUCUUAGACUUUGCUUCAUAUCACAAGUAACAAAGCACAAAGAUUAUUGCGAUUUAUUGGAUGGGAGGUGCUACAUAUUCUGUUCAUUCAUCAACUAAAAAACAGACUACACUUAUCGAUUCUUGGGAUUUUAGAAUCGAUAUCGGUUCGUAAAAAUGAGAAUCGAUUAAAAUCGAGAAAUCGAUGUUUUUUACCCAGCCCUAGUCUAAAUAUUUUUUUGAGAAUUUGUGUAUUUUGUGUGUGUAUGUAUAUAUAUAUAUAAAAAACAACUUCUGUGGAAGUACAAAAAAAUAAAUUGUUCAUGAAGUAAAA